AUGCCAGGUGGGGCUCUCUGCAUUGCUGUGCGUCUAUUUACGUUCACCUGCAACGGUAUGUAUGAUGUCAUUCUCGCUUUUCCAAUUUAUGUCGUUGGUGGAAAGAGUGCUUGCGCUAUGGAAACAUCGCAAUUACGGCUCUUAUGGACCGCAGUUCGGCUAUGCUUCUGCGGGUCUCUGUAUAUUGAUACCAAUAGGAGCUACGUUUUGGUUACUGGAAAACGUGGAUUUGCAAGAAAAGGUGACAUACUGUUCAAUAGCAACGUCUCGUACCAGGGACCACCUUGA